GAAAACAAGGAAGGAUGGCGUUAAAUAUUAUUCAUGAGUCCUGCUGAUCUGUUUUAGGCGCUUUUUUCUUUCACUUGCGAUUUAAGUGAAGCAGGAAUAUUUCGAUUUUCGUAUUUCACCGAAAAUGUCAGGAAAAAAGUUAAUGAAAGGGUCAAUAUGACCUGAUUAAUGGUUCGCGAAUUGAAAAGUUUAUUUUGAAAAGAACUUGCCAUUUUCGAGAUGCCUGCCUUGGUGGUUUUUAAUCGCCGAUGGCGUAUUGGUAGCGAUGACUUGUUUUUCCCAGCAGCGGUAGGAGUUAUAGUUAGACUAGUUUGGUUGGCUGUAAUAUCUAUGACGUACAGCUUUGAGAAUGAUGAGAUUAAAAAGUGUGAUGCUCGGCUUGAACUGCGGUUAUUUUUUAUUGGAGUAAUUGUUCUAACCAGCCUGGUGAUUAUCAAUGAAAUUGCCAUCAUAUACAUCAGUAUACAGGGAACUGUGAUGAACUCCAGACCACGGCAGUUAAUGCCAGUAUUACUUUAUAUCCAACUUGGACUUUAUCUGCCAGAGCUGCUGUGGACAAUUCUUGGGACCUACUGGGCAGUAAAGAACGGCUCUAGUUGUCAGCCAAGCUUGGUUAUUGCUGUGUGUGUUUCAGUGACUCUAGAAUGGCUGAUCUUACUUGUUGUUUUUAUUGGUGUUUUGGUGUUGUUUGAUCCACUGGGAACAAUUCACAAGGAUCCAUUUGGAAGGGAGUUUUCACCUGUCAUGCAAGAAUCAACAAAAGAGCUUUGGGAGAAGAGAUGUCGUUGGUUGUGUUGCUUCUUUACUGGCAGAGAUGAUCAGUACCUUAGUGCAGUGUCAGACAUUGCAGAUAUUUUAGCCUCUGGAUUGCAUGGGGUGGACAUUGUUGCUUCUGAUGUUGCUGUUGGGCUCAUUCUUCUUCAAGAAGAACAAGAUCGUGAGCAGAUGGAAAGAAAGAUGAAGGGAGAAAAUCUUCAGAAAGGGACUCCUGUAAAUCUUAGUGAUCCUAAAGAGAAAUCCCUGGUACAGGAUGCCACUCAUUUCAUGCAGUUUGCCCUUGGUUCCUAUGGUUGGCCUCUGUACGUGUUUAUGAAUCCCUGUGUUGGGCCUGGUAACCUUUGUAGUGGAAUAAGGUGUUUUGGGGGUUGCCGUCCAGUGGGAGAGCACAUUUUUGAAGACAACUGCUGUUAUUGUAACUCUGCUGGGCUAAAACUUCAAGCUCAUUUAGAGGAUGUCGAUUUGGUAUAUUGUUCUUACCACAACAAGAUUUACGAACCUCCUUUUUAUGUGGCAGUGGAUCACGAUUGUCAGGCAGUGGUGGUCUCCAUUCGUGGAUCCCUCUCUAUGCAGGAUGCUUUGACUGAUCUGACUGGGCAGCAAGAAGAACUUAGCAUUGAAGGAACUGAAAUUACUUGUUAUGCGCAUAAGGGUAUUUUGCUUUGUGCACGCUAUGUCAAGUCAAAGCUAGAAAAGGAGGAACUACUUGAGCGUGCUUUCUCGAGAGCUGGCGAGAAUUAUCGUCUCGUAAUCGUUGGUCAUUCUCUCGGUGCUGGAACUGCCUCGUUGUUGUCCGUUCUUCUCAAACCAACUUACCCAGAAUUGAUUUGUUUCGCUUACUCCAAUCCCAGCGUGCUCAGUGCUCCGGCCACUCCAUUUUGUGAAGAUUUUAUAAUUUCCGUUGUUCUUGGAAAGGACGUCGUUCCUAGAAUGGGAGUUAAAAGCGGGGAUGAGCUCCGUCAAGAUCUAGUGGCUGUUAUUUGUAAAUGCUCCCUCCCUAAGUACCGUGUUCUUAUGAACGGCUGUUGGCAGGCGCUGUGUUUCUUUCUGGGUCCCAGUCUCAGAGCUGGACAAGACGAUACUUUAGUUCUGACCCCCGGAGAGCCGUCCACUGGAUACUUUACUGAAGGCGAACUGGAAUCGGCCCCGACAUCAUCCUUGACACCAGUCUCCGCUGAACAGUUAUUCCCAGCCGGAAAGAUAUUACAGAUCGACGAGAGGCCGUCUGUCAGGUUGGAAAGCCCGCAGUUUGACGUCAUGUGGGCAGACAAAGAGAACUACGUCAAGCUUGUCAUCCAUCCCAGCAUGCUGAGCGAUCACAUGCCUGAUCGUGUUAUGAAGGCACUAGGCGGGAUAUUGACACAAGAUACCAUCGUUCAAGAAGUUUAAUGGAAUGAGUGUUCAUUACUACUUUUAUGGGGAAUUACUGACAUCACAACUGUGUUUGGUGUUGUAAAAGAUUAGCAUAAUUGCUGAAUGUUCAAGUUUGUAUCGCGGUGUGAAGUUAAUAUCAAUUGAGGAGAUACUAUCAAGUGUUUGGCUUUGUAAUUUGUAAAGUUGGCUGGGAUGAGAAACAAAGCGAGAUAUCUUAUGAAUGUGAAAGGCAGAAUGAAGAUUCUCCUACUCGUGUCACUACCAUAUCUUACAAGAGGAGAUUUAGGCUAUGAGAUGCCACUCCUUUUUUGUGAAGUCCGUUGCGCGAUUAGACCUCUUUGAAAAGGAGGGACAGUUCUUGGUCUCAUUGUGGCGUUUUUUUUUAUUUAUGAAAAUAGACCUCUUCAGGAAAGCAAAUGUAUAUUAAGAAAGAGAGACUUCGUCUCAAUACAGGCUUUCUGCCGAGUAAUAUAUGUUUUAUAAGGUAAAAAUAAUUUCUAGAGUGGAACGGCCUCGCAAAUUAUAUGUCAAAAACAAGAAAGCGUACUUCUUUAACAAGAAAUGACGAUAUUUGACCCAGUGGUAGUAAAAUGAACUUUAGUCUUUCAAUAGUAUUAAGGUCCUGCGAAUUUGAAGAAAAUGUGUUACUAUUAUGGUGAUCAAUUUUGCGUCAUUUAAUGCAAUGAGGAAACUGGGUUACAAAAACUGAUAAGGGUGUCAUUGUCACUUCAACCAAUCACGAGCUAGGCUGCAACUCAACGCACGCGCGUUUCUCGCGCUUUUCAUUCAAAGAAUUGUUUCCCGCCCUGCCGUGUUCUACUCACGUUGAUGUGACUUGAGUCUUUUACAGUGGGUUUUGAUUGCGUUUUUUUUUUGUUAGUAAAAAUAAACUGCUUGAAUUUCAUAGGUUACUAUGAGUUGAUAGU